AUUCCGAGAGAAAGAAAAUUUCUCAGAGAAGAAGGGCUCGGAGUGAGGUUUGGGAGUGAAACGAACAAACAAACAAAAAUUGCAAAAAUGAACACAGACAUCACAGCGUCGGCGAAGCCAGAGUACCCGGUGGUAGAUCGGAACCCUCCCUUCACCAAAGUCGUCGGAAACUUCAGCUCUCUCGACUACCUCCGCUUCGUCACCAUCACCGGCAUCUCCGUCACCGUCGGCUACCUCUCCGGGAUAAAGCCAGGGAUUAAAGGACCGUCGAUGGUAACGGGAGGCCUGAUUGGGCUUAUGGGAGGGUUCAUGUACGCCUACCAGAACUCCGCCGGACGACUCAUGGGAUUCUUCCCCAACGAAGAUGAGGUAGCUCGUUACAAGAAAUGAAUUUGAUUUUGAUUUCACAUGCUUAGGGUUUUGAUUUCUUUUGGCGGAGUUUUCCUUCCUUGAUAAUCUGUUAAUAACCAGACUGUUGUUCUCGAAUCAAGCAUUUUGACCUUUUUUUACUGAACAACGGAGUGUAUUUGUAUACUUCUUGUCAAUGCUGAACUAUUUUGUGCUCUUCUUAGAGAAUAAUAUGGGUUUAAAUGUACUCAUGAAAAUUGAAAAGGGUUUUCUCUGCUGGGAUUCUCCGAGAUGGAUGUAUUUUCAAUGUAGGGAAGCAAUAGAUUCCUCAUUUUUUAUCAGUUGCUUAAUAUAAUCUCUGCUUGCCCUUUUGAUUU